UCUCAGCAUGCGGGCUUAUCACAUCUGUUUGCUGUUGUUCCUCAUCUUGGGCAUAGGCUAUGCAGCUGCUGCUCCAUUGAACGGCCUUCGACAACGCCGUCAGAUCGACUUGACGCUCUCCGCUGAGCACGACGACAAGGAUGAUGAAACUGAGCUGGCAUUGGAGGCGAUAGCCGGCCUGUGGAGCAGUGCAGACAGCCGUACCAAGAUCGAUGGCUCCGCUCGAGUGGUGCAUCGCGCCAACGGCUUGCAAACGGGUGCCGAGCAGGAUUGGCGACUCGGAGUGCGUGUCGUGUUCAGCUGAGGAGCAAGUAGGAAGGAGUAUGGAGGAUGAGUGA